UUCGAUGUCAGCUUAGAAAACAAGAAAAAAGCAGAGAGAGAAAAGGUUAGAGGAGAAGAAACAAUAUACAGUGUAUCAGUCUCUGUACUUUCACAAGCUUCCAAGCUCCCAUCACUGUACUCUCUUCCAUUCAACUAAUGCUUCUGAUGAUAUAAAAUCUUUUAGAAUAUUAUUUUUCUUUUCCCAUCACUUCUUACACAAUCAUCAUUAUCAUCAAUAUCUUCUUGUGAUUGAGAGGUCGCUCUCAAGAUUUGAGUGAAGCAAAGCCAAUCUCUUUCGAUGGAUUACGAGCGAAUCGGAAAGACCCAGGGAAAACAGAAAGCAAGAUUUGGCGUUUUCCUUCAACUUGGUUACUAGCGGCGGCGGCGGCGGCUUAUCUCCGGGGAAGUUAAGGAGUAUGCUUCUCGGUGUUGAUAGAAAGAAGAAACAAGAUAUGCUUGAAACUGGGUCAAACCAAAUCCAUGACCUUGCAGCUGCUAGUGGAUCAGAUGAUUGCAAAGACGUUGAUGUUGUUGUGACUGAGAUCACUGAUUCUUCUACUUCUGGUACGGUUGGAGAUCUUCAAGUUCAAGAUGAGUACCCUGGUCUUGAUUACGACAAUGUGAACGAGAUCAAGAGCCUUUCUUCUACUGCAUCAUCCCUCUUCGAGUUUCAAAAGACAGACAAGGAGAAGACCACUCCAAGAAUGUCCGUUAGAUCAUUCUCUAAACCGGCUCCAUCUAAAUGGGAUGACGCUCAGAAAUGGAUCGCUAGUCCGACAGCUAACCGUCCCAAGACAGGACCUGUGUCGAAGAAAGGGCCUCCUAGCUUCGGUCGGCAGUCUUCUAUGAAGAUCGUUGAUGAAGAGCCUGAUACAAAGCGAGUAGAUGUAAGCCAGGUGAAGAAGAAGGAGACGGGACACAAGUUUGUUAGCUGGGAAGUUGAUUCGUAUCUCAAACCUGUUCUUAUGGUUGAGAACUCAGCAACUGAAGUGAAUCUCAGUCGACAUGACUCGUCAAUGGCAACUGCGUUUGCUCAACCACCGCCUUCAACAGCGAGAUCUGUCUCGAUGAGAGACAUGGGAACCGAGAUGACUCCUAUAGCGAGCCAAGAGCCUUCUAGAAACGGGACACCGAUCAGGGCAACGACGCCGAUCCGAAGCCCUGUGACUUCUGCACCUUCGAGUCCAGGGAGACGAGGGUUGAGUAGUAGCAAGGAGUUGUCUGAGAAAGAGAUUCAGAUGAAAACUAGGAGAGAGAUAAUGGUGUUGGGAACACAGCUUGGGAAGUUGAACAUUGCUGCUUGGGCUAGCAAAGAGGAUGAAGACAAAGACGCUUCUUCUCUCCAAACUUCUAAGAGUGUUUCUGAAGCUCGCGCGUCUGCCUGGGAGGAAGCUGAAAAGGCUAAGCACAUGGCUAGGUUUAGACGCGAGGAGAUGAAGAUACAAGCGUGGGAGAAUCAUCAGAAGGCGAAAUCUGAAGCCGAGAUGAGGAAAACAGAGGUGGAAGUUGAGAGGAUAAAGGGACGAGCGCAAGAUCGUUUGAUGAACAAACUAGCUGAGAUUGAGCGGAAAGCAGAGGAGAAACGAGCAGCGGCUGAAGCAAAGAAGAAUCGUGAAGCAGCUAAAACAGAGAAACAAGCUGAACAAAUCCGAAGAACAGGCAGAGUACCUUCAUUGUUGUUCUCUUGUUCUUGCUUUUGUUCUUAGUAACUCCACCAAGAACCAUUCAUGUCUUUCUGUCAGUUUGUACAAUAAAAUCUUUGUAAAAGUACCUUUUUAUUGUCAUCUAUAUUCACCUACGGUCAAAGUUUACUCAAA